UGGAAGUUCGGUAUGCAAAUUUCUUGAAUCUCAUAAAAACUUUCCCACGCUUUCGAUUGGAUCAUUUAAUAGAAAAUCUUCAAUUGAUAGAUCUCAAGAAGCAUUUAAUACUGCUGCUAUUAUUGUAUUAGUUAUUCUGUAUGAUCAUAGUUGUUUAUAUUUGUUGUGUACGAAUAAUUAUGGCCGUAUUUUUCGGUGUAAACUUCACUUCUUCAUUCCUUCUUUGCUCAUAUCCUUUAUUAUGUUGCCGUAUUAGGGCUUGUACAAUUGAAGGCAGCUCCUUAAUAAUUCAGUGCUAUUACCGGCAUGUAGAUCAAGAUUCUGCUGGCUGAGUUUUUGUUGAUAUCCUAGCCGACUCAGAUAAGCAAAGACUGAAAAAUAUAGUAAAAAUGUCUUGCAAUAAAGACGAGGCCAUGAGGGCCAAAGAGCUGGCAGAGAAGAAGUUUGCAGAGAAUGACAUUUAUGGAGCAAAAAGGGUUGCUUUAAAGGCCCAAAAGUUGUAUCCUGAGCUUGAUGGUCUCCCUCAAUUUUUAGCAGCACUGGAUGUGCAUAUUUCUUUUGGUGAAAGAAUUAACGGAGUAGUCGAUUGGUACGGGGUCCUUGGUGUAGGACCAUUGGCUGAUGAUGACACAAUCCGCAAGCAUUACAGAAAACUUGCUUUAGUUCUCCAUCCUGAUAAAAACAAAUCAGUAGGUGCAGAAGGCGCUUUUCAAAUAUUAUCUGAAGCCUGGAGUUUGUUAUCUGAUAAAACCAAGAGAAUUGCCUAUGACCAAAAGAGGUAUGCUCAAGUUUCAAAUGUGAAAUCAUCAUCAUCAGUGCCUGCUGGUGAGAAUGGUUUCUGUAAUGUCUCCAACAAUAUUAAUUUGAAUGUGAGAGAUCAGAGGUGUGCUACUUUUGCCAAGCACCCCUCUCCUCAUUUUCGACCUAAACCUAAUACCUUUUGGACUACCUGCAAUGCUUGUAAAAUGCAUUUUGAGUACCUUAGAACUUAUCUCAACCACAAUCUUCUUUGCCCCAACUGUCGUCAGCCCUUUGUGGCUAUUGAGACAACACCCCCACCUUUGAAUGGUGGUAUUUCCUCUGCUCCCUGGGCUAGCUAUGUGCAGCAACAUAAUUCUAGUCAGACUACGGUGAUUGAAAACUCAUACGGUCUGGGGAGGAAACCGGCUCCUGCUACAAAAAUGAGCUCAGCAAGUUCUUCUGGUGUUGACCUAUUAAAGAAAGCCUUUCAAUCAGGUGCGUUCUCGAACUCUGGCAGUGCCAGCUGUGCAGUAGCACCAUCUAUUUUGGCUGGUCAAGCUGCAAGUGGGAUUCAGUUAUCCCAUGGACAACUAAAGCGAGGUCGUGAAGAUGCAGCAACAGCUUUCAUGAGAGGGGAAGCAUUCCAAGUAAAGACUCAUGAUCUGAAGAAAGGAGUUUUUGGCUUAUCUACUGGGUCCUCUUCUGCUGGUUUCAGUUCUGUGACAAAAGUAGAUAGGCCUAAAAAGAAAAGACGCAAAGAUGAACAUAGGUUGAAUAAUAUUGAAAGAGAGAUGGCAAAUCAAAUUUCCUCCGGAAUUGGGGGAGUUGGCGUGCCUGGUUCUGAAAAUGGUAUCUUCAAAACAGUAAAGAUGAAAAUUGCUGGAAUCCAAAAAUCUAAUAGUAGUCGAGAGUUGUCACAGCUAGAUAUUCGGAGUAUGUUGAUGGGUAAAGCUAAGAAAGAGAUUUGCAGAAAGCUUGACGAAUGGAGCAUGGAGUCGAUGUUAAAGACAUCACAUGAAUCAAGGAGUAUUGGUAAGGAGAUCAAAGAGAAGAAAGAAAGGCAAAAAGAUAAUGUGAAUGGUCUGGAAACUGAUGCAAAAGCAUGUUCGGAGCUCUUGGAUACCAAGACCGGUGUUCAGGCUGAAAAGCCGUCUCUUGCUAAGUCUGAUAUUGAGCCUGGUAACAAGGACAUGGAUCCAACAUCCAUGAGUGUUCUGGAUCCAGAUUUUCAUGAUUUUGACCAGGAUCGUACAGAAAAAUCAUUUGGUGAAAACCAAGUUUGGGCUGUUUAUGAUGAUGAUGAUGGGAUGCCUCGUUAUUAUGCUAUGAUUCACAGAGUGAUAUCAUUGAAACCCUUCAAAGUGCGAAUCAGUUGGCUUAAUUCCAAAAGCAACAACGAGCUGGCCCCAUUAAAUUGGGUUGCUUCGGGCUUUCCCAAGACUAGUGGAGAGUUUUGGAGAGGCAAGUAUGAAGUCAAUAACUCUCUUAAUUCUUUCUCACAUAAGGUUAGAUGGGCAAAAGGCACAAGAGGGGCCAUUCAAAUAUAUCCUCGGAAGGGAGAUGUCUGGGCACUGUACAGGAACUGGUCCACUAAUUGGAAUGAGCAAACUCCAGACGAAGUCAUACACAAAUAUGACAUGGUGGAAGUGCUAGAAGAUUACAAUGAGAAGACGGGUAUCACUGUUAUGCCCCUCAUUAAAGUUCCUGGUUUGAAGACAGUGUUUCGCCAGCCUCUGGAGCAAAGUAAAACUAGAAGAAUUCCAAGAGUAGAGAUGUUUCGGUUCUCUCACCAAGUUCCUUCUUACUUGCUCGCAGGUCAUGAAGGCCAUAAUGCUCCUAAGGGUUGCUUGGAACUUGAUCCUGCAUCCACACCUUUGGAACUUCUUCAAGUGUUAACUGAAGCUCACCUGGAAGAGAUGGAAGCUACAGGCAAAGGUAAGGAAGAAUAUCCGUCGGAGUGUGUGAAAAAUAUCGAGGAAGAAGAGCUGGUGAAGAAUGGCAAAACCAAGGAAAAAAUCAUUGCAGAAGAUGUGCAUAAAAAAGUUGAUACAGAAAGGAAGGAAAUUAGGGAAGAAAAAAAGAUGUUGGUGUACAAACGGAGACGAUAGCGAAAUCAGGAAAGAUUCAGGGUAUUGAACUAUUACCAAUUCAGCUUUUUUGAGUAUAUGGGCUAACCGAAGAAGAGAAUACUUAUUGAAAUCAAACACAAUGCUAAUCUUAGCAGUUCUGUUUUUGCAAAGACAGGGUUGGAGGGUAAAUUAGACUUGUUUGGUUAAUGGUAAUUUAAAUCUCCAUGGCAUAUAAGAAAAGUCCCUUAUUUGAAAGAGGAGUUAUUAUUAUUUUUAUGGUUUUUAGACACCCUCUUAAAGUAAAAAAUCUUCUAUAGCUGGUGAAGUUGAUGUGCCCUGUAUCUGCAAUUUAUAUUCAAAAUUUUGAUGCACAGAUUACUUUUGCAAUCCUUGUUCUCGACCUCAUUGGAAAC